CAUCACCAACUCUUCCGCCUUUGAAAUCGGAGCAUUUCAAACCAUGUCAGGAGAAAGACCUGGCCUAUUGCCUGAAUGACGGGGAGUGCUUUGUCAUCGAGACCCUGAGCGGCCCACACAAACACUGCAGAUGUAAAGAGGGUUUCCAGGGCAUUCGCUGUGACCAGUUCCUGCCCAAGACUGAUUCCAUCCUGUCUGACCCAAUGGAUCACUUGGGCAUUGAGUUCAUGGAGAGCAAGGAGGUGUACAAAAGACAAGUGAUGUCUAUCACAUGUAUUGCCAUGGGGAUCAGCUUUCUAGGCACCCUCUGCAUGGCACUCUACUGUCGGAACAAGAGAAGGAGAGAAAAGCUCCAGGCACACUUGAAAGAGACUCGUAGCCAGAAAAACUACAACCUCAACUCUUCCAGCCUGGCCCCUAAACCCAGCCUUAGGCCCCAGCAAGGCCUGCAGAUCCAGAAAUAUUAUAAACCCACAAGGUCCUUGCCACCACUUGGAGGCGCUGUUCGGGAGUCCAGUUUCGCUCAAAGCACUGCUGCCUCUACCAAUCCACAGGGCACAUUGACAGGAAAACACACCAGGAACAUCUCCGGCCCAGGUAAUGACCUACAUCAGGAUUCAUUUUACAAUAUGCAAGCCUCACAAUCCUCAAAAUCUUGGAGCAGCCACUUAGACCACAGGUGCACUAGGAGCCUCAGGUCGGGCGGCCCUAGACAAAGUCCUCCUGCUCCCUACCGACCCUGCUCUAUCCCAAUCAUCCCCUCCGUCCACUCCUACCAGGAUGAGGCCUCCUGUAUGCAAACCGUCCCUACUGAUGGAAGCAGCCGUUCUAGUCCUCUGGAAAGCAAAGCAGAUGCUCCAGCUGUCAAUCAACAGUCCAAAGUAACGGUCUCCAACCGAGCGGCUGUUAGACGGGAGGAAGUGGCCUCACUACUUGAUGAGGCUCAGGAACAGCUCAGAGCGCUAGCACAUGCCCAGAGGAAACAGGAGGACAUCAGUAGCUUCGUUCCUCAGGGGGCCAAAGAGACUGUGUGCAUCCUUUUAGCAAAUGGGGGCGGACAAGGGGGAGUGGCCUCUUUUGGGCCCACGGAGACUCACUUAGUGACCCCGAAAGACACACACAAAGAUGCCACAAAGCCUGGUCAAUGAGAAGGGGUUGACAGGACUAACCACAAACGUCCCAUGUGUCUUGGGGCUUCAGAACGCUCUGCCAAAAUACCACUGGAACCUACCGUUGGAUUUCUGAGGACCUGCUGUGGGUAGAAGCGUGGGAGAGUGGCAGUCUAGAACAUGUGAAAAGAUAAUUUAUUUAUAUGCAUUUAUUUAUGGAGAAACUUCUACUUAGAAAAAAGAAACCAAAUAGUCUGUCAUCUCCAUGGUGUUUUUAACUGUAUAAAAUAUACAUAAAUAUAUAUAAAUGGAUAUAAAUAUAUGAAUUCAAACUGGUGACCAAGUACAAAAAAAAGGAAUAUGGGAAUGAGAAACUUUCUUUUGUAAUGUAUCAGCUCCACAUCCUUAAAGACUUGAUGCUCAGUGGUUUAAAAAAAAUAUAUUUAAAAACAAAAAUGAUUUUUUUUUUCACUCGUUUCACUCAUUUACAGCCAACCUAAGCUUGUCCGACACACAAUCUUGUGUUUUGCACCUGCAGCAGCUGUGUUUACUAUCACCGUCCCAGUCACUGUCCUUUACCCUGCCAAGGAAUAUGGCUCCAUCUGCCUUUGAAAACAGUGGAACAUGGAUUACAAUUGGACUUAACUUCUAAACGCUAAUCGUAUCCAGGCAUGAGGUAACUGAUAGUUAAGCACUGCCUCCAAGACAUCGAUUGGAAGAAUUUGGUGUGUCUGUCCGUUUGUGGAGCAAUCUACAUUUUGUUUUCUGUGCCUCGGUGCGUUCACUUCUUCAUAUUGAUUCGGAUACGAGUAAGGAUAAGCUAACGGAACAGAGCACAUCGUACAGCACACCACCUGAGAUGCACAAACAGACUGUCGACGCCUCUCUGGAUGGACCGAGGAUAUUCCUGCACGGGAUAGGGGGUGGGUAGGGGAGGGGGUGGUUUCGGCCAACACAAGGAGCUUCAGUGUUGUUGUUUUUUCGUUCUUAUGGAAUUAUCUGCUGCUUUUCGAGAAGGUGGGUGGGAGCAGCGGUCACUAUGAGUCUGUAUGCUACCUUUGGAUUGGGACAUAAUAUUUGUGUGAAUUAACAACCAAAUGUGGUAAGAAAGAAAAAUUAACAAUGAAUCUUUAGUGAAGCUGUUUCUUUGUUUCCAAUCUUUUUUUCUUUUCUUUUUUCUUUUUUUUUCUGACCCCCCAAUUCUCACAAUUGUGCAUGUUGAUGGUAUUGUUGUUCAGAAUCAAGCCAUGAUAGUUAAUGAUUAACAGAAACGCCCCACAAAGAGAAAAUUAUAAAUUACAUGCAUUUGCUGAUUUCAACCCAAAUCCUGGUAUAAAAACACAAGUGGUCUGCUGAGUUUUAUAGAUCAGUCUUAGUAGACCUGUGCUCAAUGACGACAUUAUGUUGAAUUGACUUUUGUAUGUGCUGCUGUUCCUCAUGAAGCAUUUAUUUAAGACCGCCAACUGUAGUUUGGUUUUAAGACCUGUUUUUAAUGCAUGUUGCAUUUGUCCUUCUUCCAAAAUUGUGUCUACCAUGCCAGACAUAACUCAAGGCCAAAAUGAAAUUAAACAUAUCUCCUGGUAAAAGAAAGCAAAGUAAAGGUUAGCCUGUGGCAGAAUGAGCUGUAAGGGCAGGCAGAUAAGACUUUCACUUGAUCUUAUAAAACCUUUCCCUGGCCAAAGCACAGACCUCAUCAGUGAACUGAAGUCUGGAUGGCAUGUCUUUCAAACACUAUACAUGCCAAAACACCACCAGCAACAUGUAAUCAUGCAGCAGAAGUAAUGGAACAAUAUUACUAUAUGGGAAAGACGGGAUAGAAUUAGAUCUUAAAACUAUACUAUUUCUUUAUCAGACAAAUUACAUUUUUAUGACAUCUUUUAUAAUGGAAAAUGUCAAGUUGUAACUUUUAAUAGUUUAUUACAAUUCUAGGAUUAGAUAUGAGUUGAUAGUCAGAUCAAAUUCACAAGUUCCCUAGAAGUCACAAGUUU